AUGAAAGAUUGUGAUCCAACUGUAAAAGCAAUUGUUAAGCUUGAUAACAUGGCUUUUGAUGAAAAAGUUCUGAAAGACUUAAUGACAUCAGAUGUCCAUGUUUAAGAGUUAAAAAAGGAGAUUAACAUGGAAUUCCGGAGUCACCCUAUCAUAACUGAAGAUCAUUUUUUCUAAAAUGAUAUAUACAACAAGAUGUUUAUUACUAUGCCUCCAGAAGUUACCAAGAUCUAGGCAGAUAUUAUUUACCCAGCACCUAAAAGCCACAUAGAUAAAUAUACUGCUCAAGUGUAUCAUAUUAUCAGUGAGACUCCUGAAAUGCAUUUCACCUAUGUUAGACCAUUAUAUGUAGAUAAAUUACCUCCUGUAUCUUGGAUUUAUAAUGUAUUGGAUAAAAAGAAAGAGGUAGAGUUGUGUAAAUUUUCCAAUGAGCACUUCACACUGCAGUAGGAUUAUAAGGUAAACAGUGAAGAUAUAGAAACCUUACAUAUGCUAGCCAUUCCAUAUAGAAGAGACCUCAGGACUAUAAGAGACCUGAAUGAAUCUCAUCUGCCUAUGCUUAAAUCUAUCAAAGAGGAGAGCUAUAAAGCUAUAUAAGAACAUUAUGGGAUUUAAAGUACUAAAAUUAGAGCCUUAUUUCAUUACUACCCAACAUUCUAUCACCUUCAUGUUCAUUUUGUGCAUGUUUCACAGGCUACUAAGGCUGGCGCAUUUCUAGGGAAAGGCUAAUUGCUGGAGGAUGCUAUAGAAAACAUUGAGAUGAAAGGAGAUUAUUAUCAAACUAAGACUAUAUAAGUAUAGAUAGGAGAGAAUCAUGAGAUUUACAAAAUACUUAAAGAUAAUAAAAUGAUUUGA